GGUUGGGUAUGGGGCUCUGACUGGUCCACUGUAUGUGAAAAAAAGCGUAUGAGAUGAAUGUAGCCCUUUGCCAGAACCUUUCACCUCACACAUUUACAAUGUCAGUGGAAGAGGAGUGAGCAGAGAAAAAAGGGUUUUACUCAUAAAUGAGACAAGGUGUAAAACGAGCGGUCUGUCCCUCUUUGUGGCCUACAUUCAGAGCUGAAGGUCUGAGAGAAGAUGAAACUUGUUACCUCUGAGUUUCCAGAAAGCCCCUCCUUGGACAAACCCCUCCGCCUGAGCGUCACACAAAGUUCACUCCAGUGCAGUCCCCUUUCCCUAAGCUCUAACACACUCUCACACACAACCACUGUCAUCCACACAGACGCACACACACGCACAUACACCAAAGACGUUUGCAAACCGCGCGCCUGCAGCUACUUUUUUCACUCCAGCGGACGCAGAAGAGGACCUGUUGGAUGCUACUGCAAAGAUUUUUUUUCUCAACUUUUCUCUAUCUUGUCACUCUCUUCAGCGACAACUUGUAUGACAACUUUUUUUAGAGGAUCUUCUUUUCACUUCUGCAAUAUCGGAGUUUAUGGAAGAAUAAAGCGCUUAAUUGCAUCCAAUUUUGGAACGGUGCAGUUGGAUUUAAAUCAACAUUUCACGGUGAAAAUGAAUAACUCCGUGAAAUAACUCACUCCUCCGGUCCGAAGGAUUUCAAGGUAUGCUUUUAUCAGCCGUGACCAUGCAUUACAGUAAUCUCUCCAUCUCGGAAGCGUCCUGCCACGGUGCCUAAUUUACUUUAAUAUCAGCCUCAAGUUGAAAGGCGUCUCGCAGGUAUCUCUCCAUAGUAAGUUUGAUGGAGUUGAAUGCCUCAAAUGGAUUUUGCGCUUUUCUGUGAUAAGAUAAGAGAGAGAAAGAGCAGGAAUGUGUGUGUGGGAUUCAGUUUAAGGUUUCUUUAUUCUCCCUUCAUUGCUAAACCAUCAUGCGCGUUUGUGUCAGAAACCGUGAUUCACAGGAUGAUUGUGAUUCAUGUCAUUCAAUUAAUCUAAUGGGCAAACGCAUGCGCAUUGCUCAGUGUUGUUGGAGUCAGGUGCCCUGUCUGAGAGAGGCUGUGUUUCUCUGGAGUGGGUCUAAGGACAGGGAGUAUCGUGUGCUGUCCAGACAGCAAAUCCCCUGGAGUCAACUGUAUGAUUUUAGGCUGUAUGAUUAAAAUUGACUUGACGUUUGUGUGUCUUUGUGUGUGUGUUUGUCAGAGAGUGUGAGAGAAAGAGAGAGAGAGAGAAAGACAAGAGACUGUACAUUUUUGGACAUAUUACUCUGGGGCACUUCACUGCUCUCUAACAGUCUUAACUUCUCUCUUUUUCCGUCCUUUGCAGUGUUAAUCCCAGUAUAGCUUCCCCUCUUGUGGAGUGAGGAUGUGUCGGAGUGUGUGUGUGCCAGGGGCUCUGCUCACUCUCCUGGUGCUCUCGCUUGUGGCGCCUCCAGGCCAGGCCUGCCCAAGGAGCUGUAACUGUUACCAGGCCAGUGAAGUCCACUGUACGUUUCGUUCCCUGCUUACUAUUCCUCCUGGUCUGCCUGCACACACGCGCCGUAUCAACUUAGGGUAAGGGUGCAAGAGUGCCAAUUUACAGUAGCAGUUUACAGUAUAUUACUAUCAUAUGAGUCGAGUCAUUGGUAACUGCAUUUGUGAUACUGUUUCGGUGCUGCUUUAGGUUCAACAGCAUCAGCAGGAUCCACGACACCUCUCUGGCUGGGCUGAGGAAAGUGGAGCUUCUGAUGCUCCACAGCAAUGACAUCCACGAGCUUCCAGACUCGGUGUUCAAAGAUUUGAAAUCACUGCAGGUAAACAGAUGGAGGAGUGUCAACAAAGUGGAUAAUAAUCAAAAAAAAGAGAAGAAAUUCAAUUGAAUCCAAAGCAGUAAACAAUGACUUCAGAGGACAGAUUAUGAAGUAAACUGGCAAAAGCUGCUUUUUCUUGAUUUACACAGUCAACCUUUUUCCAAACUAACAAUAAAAACUGUCCUGAACUGCCCUUUGCUUUAAGAUUGAUCAAUCUGGACCUCAUGUAUGACUUUGAAUGGGAUCAACAAAUGAGUGUGACCUGUUUAAAGUCCUUUUCGGUCCCUAACUGUGAGUGAUAAUCACACUUUAAACUUUGACAGGGCAGAUCUGAGUUUGUAACAGAAUUGAUGACGGGCAAACAACAAAUAUAUCAUUAUAAAUCAUCAUAUCAAAGUUUUUUGGUACAGUUCAGAGAGGAUGCUGCAGUGACAAAUGGGCCAAAAAUAUGCAGUCAUCCUUUCAAUAAUAAAUGGAUCUGCAGAAGGAGUAGUCAAACAUUUGUUCUGUGCUUCAGUUAUUUUAACAGUGAGCAGAAUUCUGUUCACAUUUUUCUAAUUUCUCUACAACUAAUAUUUAAUUUAUGAGCCAUCCUUCUUUCGCUGCUCGGUGACAGGAAACACACUGGACAGUUUAGCCGCAACCUUAGGGCAGAGUCAGCGCUCAGCAGGGAAGUGAUAUUACUCAACCAGCAAUUGUUCCCUUCAUCUCCCAGGCAGAUGCUGAUAUAUUUGCCAUUGUGUGGUAAUACGUACCGUAUUUCCAUGUGCUGACAUCUUCACGUGCUGGAUAUGUCAGCAGCUGGAGCCCUUCCAGCUAAGUAGCCUCCCUGGAGAGCAGAUUUAUCAUAAUCCUCUCAAAAUCAGAGUCCUAAAACCUGGUUUUCAUGGUGUGCCUUCUCAACUUUAGAUCCUCUGGAGUCUUUUGCUGACGAUAAAGGGCUAAAUUUCAUAUUAGAAAAGUUGAAGACCCUAAGUGGUAGAAUAUCUUUUAGAUUUCCCUGCUCUGACCCAAUAAACUUGCAGUCUGAAUAUAUCCCCCAGUCAUAAUAUGGGCUACUUUUUGAGUCUCACAUUUUUUAGAUGCAGGAAUCUUAAAGAUUUGCUUACAUUGAGUUUUUAUACCAGACUCCUCAUCCUCAUUCCUCUCUCAUCAUUUGUCAUAAAUUUAAUUUACAAGCAUGUGGAGCCCACUGACAGACUGAUGAUCAUAGCACACUUUCUUCGUCAGCCUUGAAGUCUGUUUUUUUUUUAUUCCUCCUCUAAUCCUUCUUUUUUCUCCCCCUCGCUCCAUUUCCUCUGCCCCCACAGAUACUAAAGCUGAGCUAUAACAAGCUCAGAGAGAUUUCUUCAUCUUUGACCUUCUCUGGCCUGACCUCACUCCUGCGGCUGUACUUGGAUCACAACCAUCUCCAGCACAUCCACCCCCGGGCCCUGCUCCAGCUGCCUAGCCUCAGGCUGCUACGUCUGCAAGGGAACAGGCUGCAUCAGCUGCACCCACACACUCUGUGCACUCUGUCUCUGCUGAAUACUUAUUACUUCUCCACACUCAGGUGAGCCUGAACACUUAGAGCACAUCAUGUAAUAUUAAAAGCAGGGGAAGAUAUAACAUUUUCAGCGUUGGUUUGCAUAUUAGUGGGUAUAAACGGUGAGGGUAAUGAAAAACGCUGACUUGUUGUCUUUAAAGAGUUUACAACUGCAAUGAACUCAAAUUCAAGUAAAUCCAUUUCAUUCAAAGUUAUUUCUAAUCCUAAAAGGCUGGUGCAUUAAUUAUAUCCUAAAUUAAAUGAUGUUUGAUCCUGACAACCAAAAUGAUUGAUAAAAUUGAUCAAUUUGUGACUAGUUUGAUAAGUUAAUAAUUCAUUUCUUCUUCAGUGUUACUAAUAGCUUCAUAGACUGACAAACCUCAUACAGAUACUCUACAGCCUUGCUCCUCUUACAUUACUAGUCCGAACAUCAGACAUGGAUGAGAAUGAUAAAAAUGAUGGAUGAUUCCGGCCUGACCCGUCACCUCUCACUGCCUCCUCCCUCUCGUUUCAUUCAUUACUCCAUUCCUCUAUGACUUUGAUUCAACCUCUGACUUUGUCCCACCUCCUCCUUAUCUCAAUUUUGUCUUUCCUCAUGUAGACACCUCGACUUAUCCAACAACAGUCUGACCAGUCUGCCCAGUGAGACCAUAACCACAGCACCUCUGCUGGAGACUCUUGUACUGCAGGCCAAUCCAUGGAGCUGUGACUGCAGGAUGAAUUGGUUUCUCACGUGGAGUCUUGCUCAUCCAGGUGAAUGUAAUAUCUUGGAAAUCACGUGGUUUGAUGUCUUGCUCUUUCUUUUAAUGUGCUAAAGUGAUUAACAGAAAGAGAUAGAGGGGUAAAACGAAACAGAAAUCAGAAGCAGAAGACUCUUAUAUUGAUGAUUUACGUCUGUAAACAACCUAAGGAGAGUACCAUAAGUCAAAUCCAGACAGGUGAUAUGAAAGUGGCCAUCUAGUGUUGUUAUCUUGGUCCUUACACCUGCUUUUUAUCACACAGUCCUCUCCUGUUUCCCUCUUUUAUCUGCAUCUCCUCCAGUCAGUCUUGAUGCUGUUAUUGAGAUGUGAAAGAAGACCAGACCGGAAAAUGUGUCUCAUUGAUAUGCUUGAAUUAACCUGCCGUGACUAAUCCACGAUGACAGCAUUGAUGUGUGCAGGCAGAUGAAAUAUAGGCUAAUGAUUGGUGUGUUGAAAUAAAGUGAUGCAGAUUUCUGAUUUAUGAGAAGAUGAAGUAACCAUGUGAAAUUGGCAUGAGAUAUAAAGGGUAAUGGAUGCUCGAGAACAGCCGGCAUGACUAAUGUAUGGCAGUAUUAAUAUGUGCAGAUAGCUGAAGUGUGCACUAAUAUGUUUGUAGCGUGUUAUCGUUUCACAUACAAAGAUAGCAGGGCUGCCUCUGAAACAAAUGCCCCUCUUUUUCUACUCCCAUAGGGUUGAUGAAAUGUCCUGGUGGGCUUCAGUGUCCAACAUGUGCUUCACCAAAAUCCCUCCAAGGACAGGGCUUGUUUGAUCAAAUGGAACUAUCAUGCAACCUGCCUGUUAUCCCCUCCCCUGGAAGAGACAAACCUUUAGAGACUGAACUCAGUGAGAUCCAGUCAAGAGAAUCCUUCAGAGAGCCUUUAGGCACUGCCUCUUUGAGUCUGUCUGACCAACAAGGGAACAGCGUUGAUCUAAGAUGCAACAUCACGCACUCUCCUGAUUCCCAGGAUAUUGCUCCUCCUCCAGAUCUUUCCCUCUCCUCCUCUGCUCCUCUCCCCCUUGCUUUGUCAGUCUCUUUGGAUUGCCCUGUGGAGAGGCAGAGCUAUGAGCAUCUCUGGAGGAUCCUAGCUUACUACAGUGAAACUGCUGUACGCCUGGAGAGGGAGAUCAUGCUGAGUAAAGCCCCAGAACUGGCCUACCGUUACAGGCAGACAGCAGAGAGUGAUGGGUAUUAUCACACUGGGGUCAGAGCUUCUGUUAAAGCCAGGCCGCAAUGGUUGCUACAGCCUGCAAUUAGUUUCCAGCUUAACAGAGCACAGUCUAAUGGAAUCAAAGUUCAACUCAUUUAUUCAACAAGAGUUACUGCUCACCCUGACCCAAUUUCUCAUUCGCCAACACCCUCCUCUACUUUUCACCCGUGGGCACUGAUUUCAACCAAUCAUACCACCACAGCACUGGCAGCAGUAACAGGCAGUAAAGUGGAGCUGCCAUGUCCUCUUCUGAGCUCUUCUAACCCAAAAGUAGAGUGGCUUGUACCUGAUGGAUCCAAGCUCAUCGUCCCAUCCAACAACCUCGAUAGCCGGCUUUUUGCAACAACCUCAAGUCUACUGAUUCAGAGAGUUCAGAUGUCAGAUGCCGGGAUCUACUAUUGUGUGGCACGAGCAGGCAGGGAUGUAGAUGUCCUCCCUCUGCGCCUGGCAGUUGAAGACUCUGCAGUUCCACCCUCAGGAGAGCAAGUCGGACCCCUUAUCAAGGGGGCCGUUGGAGAACCUGUAAGCCUGUCUUGUAAGGCCUCUGGAUCACCAACACCUUAUUUAAGUUGGGUAUUACCAGAUGGAAACAUAGUUCGGCAAGGAGUAGCUGUUUCAGGUGGAGUUCUACUACAAUCCAAUGGGAGUCUUUCCCUGCCCAAACCCUCUCAGAGGGACGUCGGUCAUUACCGUUGUAUUGCAGUCAACCAGUAUGGCAGUGACUCCUUGUCAAUGCAGCUGGAGUUAAAGUCACAACAUCCCCCUUCACUUAGGACUUCAUUCCCAAGAGGGCCACAGUCAGCAGCUGGCCGUUCAACCAGAAUACGAGCUCCAUUACUUAGUCAAGUGGAGGAAGGAUCAGGUGAUGAAGAGGAUGAAGAAGAGAGAACUAUUGUUAGCAAUAGAAAGCGUCCAAGGCCUCUCCAACCUCUACCAAACAGACGGCAUCCCACCGGACAACCCAGAGGACGUGGGUUUACAAGAGAGAGAGAAGGCCCUCUGAGAAGAGGAGGAAGGCCUGAAUCACCCCCUGACAUGAGGAGAAACCGCUUUGAAAAUAGACAUAGAGUUUCCACAAACAAACAAAGAAUAGAUCCUCAGAAAUGGGCUGAUCUCUUGGCUAAAAUACGACAAAAGACUACCCAGACUGCCAACAACAGCCAGCCCAUCCUAGAGGAAACAGCAGGAGCUGAAGAGGAGGAAAGAAGCAAAGGUGGGAACACAGGCCGACAAGAGGGAGAUGAUGAUACAGAUAAAGGUAGAGCUGAAGGUUCAGAAGAGGAGUCAGAGACUGAAGGGUCCACUGUUGAUGAGGAUGAUGUGAAACAGGAAGGCCCACAAUCUGUUCCUGCUGUUUUCACAGAAAUGCCAACACACACCAGAACAAAAACAGACACAGUGAUAAAAACAGAGACAGAUAGGUCAACAGAAACACAGACUGAUACAGAGAAUGAGACAGAGACACAUAAACACACAGAAAAAGCUCUUCUGCCGACAGAGGCUGUAACAAACCCAGAGACACAGCAAGAGCAAGUCACAUCAAAACCAAUCAUGGGAACAAAUGAAAUUGUCCCAGAAACAAGCAAGAGAAAUGAGCUGGAAGUAAACCCCAACCUUCCUACUAUCAGGCCUCAAAAACCACUGCAGGGUCUCUUCCCUAAUUUGGUGCCAAACUCACGGCCACAAAGUCCCUGGAACUCUCGCAGGCGGAUCGGACAACGAAGACGAAUCAUGAACAGGCCAAGAGGGCGAACUUUGAGUCCACCUCAACCUCUCCCUGACCAUGUGAACCCAAGGCCACGACCUGACACUACCACAGAUCCAGAUUCGUUAUUGCUGGUGUCAACAACCACAUCUUCAGCUGCUUUAAUUAAUCCUCCCUCUCCCUCCGUCUCUAACAAUCUUGGCAUCUCCAUCCCAAAAGCUGACUCCCCCUCAGUGACUCUCUCUCCUUUCUCUCCCACAUCAUUAUCCUCCUCUCACACAAAGGCCCAUAUAGACUUGAUGACUCAUUCAGCCAACAUCCCAGACGUUGCAGAGACGGAUCUCUUCAGCACUCUGAUACCAUCGCUCUCUCACUCUGACAUCUUGGUCACAGAGACACAUGUGCCAGACACACAUGUUAACACACAUACACAAAAUAUGUGGGGUAAACAUGCUGAAAGACCACCAACCAAACACACUGAAGAGCUGGAGAGGAAUUCACCGGAUGUAACAUAUGUUUUCCAGCCCUCCUCUUCUGUGUUGCCCACUUCCUCCUCCGCUGCUUCCGCCACAGACCCCAGCGCCGUGACAACUGUGAUCACUGCUGUAAAAAUAACACCGUCCACUUCUCAUUCUGCUAGAUCUGCAAGCACUGAAAGAACUACAUUUACCACAACAGAUAGGGAGGAUACACUUUCACUAACAACUGCAUUUAGUCCUAUCAUGUUUACUAAAGGCCCCAUUAAUACUCCAAAAUCUAGCACUACCAGCAGUACAACUACUCUUACCUCUACUACGACUACUACAACUCCUAUUUUAACCUCUACUACUCCCACAACCACUACCACGUCAACCAGCCACUCUACUACUUUAACUACUACAACAACUGCAGCCACUAGUACUACAGUCCCAUUUAAAGCUGUUCCAAGAGUUCCAGACUCAACUACUACUACGACUUCAGCAACUACAAAAACUUCAACUCCCACAACAAGCAGUACACUUAAACUCUCAGCCAAAUCUCCUCCAACUACAACACAAGCAGCUACAUCCAGUGCCUCCACCACUGCUGCAAGAACAACAUCGACAAGUACUGCAGCAUCAUCCAUACAGAGGCCCAGCGUGGGUCAAGUGGACCCCAGAGGGAGGCCUGUGUCAGGGGCUCCAAACCAGAGUCGGACCCCCACUGAAUGGAAGAACCCUGGGGCUAACUCUAUCCCUGAUUCACACAGCAGCAGACCACAUCGCCCCCCCUCUUCUCCACUCCCUGGGGUGAGUUCAGAUCAAUUAAAAUAACACAUUACUGCUAUUUCGUGGAUAGCUUUAUCCAGAAUGGGUCUUAAAACAGCCACAUAGAUCACAGCGAAACUAAGAGUCAAGCUUGACUAUAAAUUGGUCUUUAUUUGGAGAUUAAUGACUAUAUAUUUAAGGUAGCCUCUCUUUCUGCCGUUUCCAUCAGCUCGUCAUUAAAAUACUCAUUACACUUAAACGUUUGCUGUUCUUAAAUAUAGUAGAGAUAUUUUCUUUAUUGACAGCUAAAGGGAACUUAACAUUUCUUUGAAAGUACUACAUAAUAAAAUGCAAAUACCCGCACACUAAUACACACACAUAACUACAGACUCUGUGAAGCCUGGGGCAACAGCUUAGCAGAAAUGCACAAUACAUCUAAAGAUAGUCUAAUCCGUAUUCGCACAACCUGGUGUGAAACCUGAGGGAUGCUUUUGACAAAUCUUUGAUUUCACAGAUUUUCCAGUGAAGUAAAGAAGAGAUGAACACAUGUUCUAUAAUUAACAACAUUAAGCGCUAUGAGAGCCUGAUCUCCUGGGAUUUAAAAUAAAUAAAUAAAUUUAAAAAAUCAAUUGUUAAUUAAUGCCUAAAGUUUUGUAGGCAAGCUUAAGCAGAGCAACCCUCUGAGUGUAGCGUCGAUGACUCUAAUACAAGGAUCACAGUGGGGGUAUUAAGAGUGUGAUCCUACUCCUCCACAUCUACACAAUGCUGCAGUCUCUGGAAUCGAGAAUCAGGCUUCUCAUGAAAAAACAGUCUGAGGUUUUGAUUGUUUCACUAAGUCCAGUGCUUUUGUUUGAUAUGUACACUAUAGUGAUAUUGUGGUUUGCUAUUUUUGCAUUUAAUCAUCUCAAUUAUUUCAUCAAAUGCUGCUGUAUGCUGUUCUAAAAUUUUAAUCAGAAGUUUUUACAAGCUAAAGAAAUUUUAGUAGUCAUGGAAUCCUGAUUAUGUUGUAACAUAUUUUAUUAUUUUAUUGCAGCAUUAAUAGCCACUACAAUCUGGUUCUGUAAUCUUUAUCAUAGGCUCCAGUUGUGAGAUCCAGACCAAGGAUUGCAGACCCACACAUCAGGACAACAUCAUUUCCAGCAGAGAGUACUGCCAGGCUGGAUUGUGAAACUCAGGGAGAACCAAAGCCCACUAUCACAUGGACCAAAGUCGCAACAGGUAAACCCAGUGCAGCAAAUUCACUCAUGGUGAUAUACACCCACUCACAUACAUAUAAAUCCACAUGAAGGAAACUACAUGCCUUGGAGUACAUAUAUUUAACUGUGAUCAGGGUUAUUUUCAGUAGAGGUUUAGAAUAAAUAAUCCAUGAGGUCUGUCAAAUCUGGUUCACUGACUGAUGUAAGAUCUUAGCAAAGAUUUCCACAUAACUGUACAGACCCCGUCUCACUGAGCAGGCUCCAUGUUUUAUUUUUGAUUGUGCUGUGAGGAAAAAAAAAUAUGGCAUAUUUUUUCAUCCAGAGCAAUCCGUCUGAAUCCUUGACAUGUCUUUAAUUAGAAACUACAGACUGUAGAAUACAGAACACAUGAAGAUGUGGAUUUUCUACAAGGUUUGAAGGAACUGAUUGGAACAUUUCUGAAUAUGAACUCAUUUGACACUAAUGAAAUAACCCAUUAACAACCAGCAUUGCGCACUGGCACUCACACAAAAGUCUUUUCUCUUGCUUUCCAUGUGGGAAAGGCAUAUUGAGAGAAAGUAAUGGAACAGUUUGUGCAUUGCAUCACUGCCUUUACUUCACGCUGUGCCACUCGCCAUGUCCCCAAUCCUCCUCUCUCUGUCUCUUACUCACUCUACAGCUUUCUUUCCUAAUUUGUCUCCGUCUUCCCUCCCCUGUUCUAUGUCUUCAUUUCUACUUUCUCCUUUGCUGUCCAUCUGCCUGACUGUCUCUCUCUCUCCGUCUUUCUCUGUCUUUCAGGAGCAGUGAUGUCAAUCCACUCCAGGGCUCAGCGGUUUGAGGUUUUGCCAAAUGGCACCCUUGUUAUCCAGAAUGUUCAGCUGCAGGACAGGGGCACAUACAUCUGCAGUGCACACAGCUUUCUGGGUCGUGACAGGUGAGGGUUCUGCUACCUGCUAUGAAUAUUGAUGCAGUGUAUACUGAGCUAUUCAGUUAUAAUGACCAUGAGAGACAAUAUUUCUAGUAUAAAUUAUGGAAGCCUGAAGCGUGCUGCAAUUUAAUUACUGGGUGUAAUGCAUGUUUUGUUGCUAUUCUCCCCACUUAAUUUGCGAAACAAAUUAAUCUUUUUAAGAGCAAACACACUUGGACCUACUUGAAUAAUAAUAUUCAAGCAGCCCGGAGCAUUGUGUAAUUUUCACUCUCUAUAAAAUCUGUUGAUACAAUUUAGUUUUUAAUUUCAUGUGACACUCAAUGUAUCAGGGGAACUUGAAUGGAUCAUUUCCCUGUGGUGAUUCUUUAACACGCUGUACAACAUUCAAAGUUGUGUUUUCAUUUAAAAUGUGUUUUUUGACAUGCUGGAAAUCUGUUUGUGCACUCCUGUAAACAAGACGGUUUGACACUGUGUUUGUGCCCCACAAAACAAAGGCUAAGUACAAAUAAGAAGUAAAAGAUGUUUUGUUGGUGUUUUACUCUAAAAACAUGUUAACCUUCUUUGGUGGAAAUAUACUUGAUGUGCCUUUUUCAGCUGUAAAGUCACAUGAAAAUCUCUCUUUUAACUAUUUAAUCCCACCAGAGUAAAUCUUAGAGCAGCACUUCCCUUGAAUUGCGUUUUAAAAUAGGGGUUAAAUAUGGGGUUUGUUGUUGUUUGAAUGUCUAUUUGCUGGACAAAUUUGGUUUCUUAGGUGCAAAAAACUCAUCGUUGCCUAAUUAAAUUUAUAUAACAGGCAGCAAAAAGUCAUAAGGGAAUGCCUUUAUAUGACAACACUUCCCAUGAUUCUUGGUUACUUAGCACAUGUUUGCUUUCCGGAUGUUUCCCAAAUGUGUCAGAUACCAUUUACAGUAUUUGUUUUUCUUUCACAUGUCUAUUUGAAAAGCUGCAAAUUUAUUUAUGCAUUUCUGUUUGGCUAAGUGUCUGCUUACCCACCAUGACAGAUUGCUAACCACCCUGGAGGUAUGGACCCGUCCCCCUCGGAUGAAGCUGGCCAGCUACAGAGAAGCCACCAUUCAUCAGGGUGGAGAGCUGCACUUGGAGUGCCAGGCGGAUGGCGUUCCCACGCCUCUGCUCUCUUGGGUUCUACCUGAUCGUUCUGUCGUGACCUCCACUUCCCCCUCCCACAGUCGCAUCCGUAUGGACACAAAUGGAACCCUUCACAUCUCAGUAACAUUACCCAGUGACAGAGGAGUAUUUCGCUGUGUAGCCUCUAAUUCAGCGGGCGCUGCCAGUGCCUCUGUGCGUGUACUGGUGUCCUCUUUGCCUCCAGUAAUACAGCAACCAAGAGAUGAGAAACUACUCUUGUCUCCAGGAUUGCCAGUCUAUGCUCACUGCUCUGCCCGAGGUGCCCCACCACCCAUCCUGCGCUGGAGAAUCCCAGAUGGGACUCUAGUUCGUCCAUCCCAGUUUCUGCACGGUAAUCUUUUUGUUUUGCCCAAUGGGACUCUGCAUAUUCGCAAAGUUGGGCCUAAAGACUUAGGGCAUUAUGAGUGCACAGCAAGUAAUGCUGUAGGGGCUGAUAAGAGAACAGUGAGGGUAGAAAUUCAAGGACAACAGAACGGAGCAAGACCACCUCUUUCCUCUUCUUCUCUCCAUGAAGAAAGAAAGCUGUUGGUCCCCAGCCAGCCCUCAAAUCCACCCGCGCUCUCCCCUCCAUUGCUCUUUGAUAGAUCCGGGAACUUGCACCACUCCCCCAGCUCCCCUCGCUCAUCUUUUCACCCUCACAAACCCAAUCCCACUAACUCAACUCGCAAAAUCAAUAAAGCAGUCACUGCUUCCCCCACACACUUGGCCUACAUCAACAAAACACCCUCCAAAGUGUCAACAAAUAACACCAGAGUCUCAAUCGGCAUUGUAAACAACACAAGAGUUACUUCUCCCUCCUCAGAUAAAAGCAGAGCCUCUGCUGCUCUGCCUUCCUCGCCCGUAUCCCCUUUCAGUAAAGCCCGAAUCGUUUCUACAGCACCCUCAAUCAGUACUGUUCACUAUGGGGGGAUUUUGCAGCUCCACUGUUCUGUAAUUGGCAACCCAACACCCAUCAUCAUUUGGAGGACUCCCAACAGGAAACUGGUGGAUGUCCAUUUCAGGUACACCUGAUCCUGCUGGCUGUAUCAUUAUGUCUUUACAUUAUCAAGCAGGUAUUGUUCAGAGCUUUUCAUUUUUCUGUGUUUGUCAACCUUUGAAUUACAGUUUUGACCCAAGGCUGAAGGUGCAUCCUAAUGGCACCCUGUCAGUUCUGGCAGUCACAGAGAAGGAUGCCGGAGAUUACCUCUGUAUUGCACGCAACAAGGUCGGAGAUGAUUACCGCCUCCUGCGUGCCUCUGUGGCUACCAAACCAGCUAAAAUCGAACCCAAGCAGCCUCUCAAUCAGAUGGUGUUGUUUGGAAAAUCACUGAAGGUGAGCAAAGAUUGAUUUUCAAGCCCUGCUUAGGUCUUGACUAGGACCUUUUGCCAAUCAACCAUAUUCCAAAGGAGAGCAUCUACUUGUAAUGUCAUGCUCAAGGAUGGGGAGCUCAAAACCUGUUAUCCCAUCUCACUGCUGUGUCCUAGGUCAACAUUAGCACCUCUAAUGCAGCUGUCUAUUGCAGUUUUAAACCAGGAUCUUGUUUGACAUGACAUGACAACAGUUUUGAGCUUCCCAUCCUGAGAGUGACUUCACAUUCAGAUGGCCAGAGUGGAAAUACAGUCUAAAAUUAAAGUUAUCUGUCACAUUUAGAGAAGCAGUUGCCUGUUACCCGAUCCAUAGAUCUAAUGUGUAAGCAUUUAUAUUCUUGGAUUCAGACUACAGCUUCAAACAACCAAUCUCCAACAUCUCUGUUUUUAAGCUUUAAGAGGCUCUGCUGUGUUCUACCAGUGAUACGUGUUGGCUGCCUGCUAUCAUUGGGUGUUGUGCCACAACAGUCUUGGUUGUUUUUUUGAUUAAUAAUACUGCGUGUUGGGUGACUCAAAAAGAACAGAAAGACCUGUCAGGUCAUAGCCGGUAUUGAGUCAUCAUCUGCAGCCUGCAGGGAAUAACACACACAAACAUGAAUAUUUAACAGCUCAAUGAAAAAUAAUGUCAAACCGGGUAAAAUGCAAGAAAAAGGGCACUGUAUUAUAGUUGGAAUUAGUUUCUCUUCCUUUUCUGUUGUAUUUAUACAUUUAUGAGCUUCAAAUGGUGCUCUUUGGAUGCAUCAAUUGCCAGAAGCUUUUUACACUGUCAGUUUCUAUUUUAAGGGGCAGAAUUCAAGCCAACAACAGGCUAAAUAUGGAGUACAGUACAUAUUACUCCUAACAGGAGUAGAUCAUGUUCAUUUCAAAUUAAAUAAACGCCCUAAACAUGUUUGAACUGUUGCAUUUUUCCUGUGCCCUGCAGGUGGACUGCCAGGCAUCAGGGCUGCCUGACCCAGCAGUCCGUUGGAGCCUACCAGAUGGAACCAUGGUGAAUAGUGUGCUGCAGGGGGAAGAAAGAGGAAGGCGAACACGGAGACUAACGGUGUUUGAUAAUGGGACAUUACUGGUUCCAGAAGUGGGUAUGGGAGAGGAAGGAGAGUAUACAUGCUAUGCUGAGAAUCAAGGAGGUAAAGACACCAUGAAGGUAAGACAAUCAUGUUCCUCCUAAUUUUCUUAGUAAAAGUCCAAUGAUUUGUUCAUUCUAUGAAUUUAAGAUAAAACUAAAGAAAGUCAAGUUAUUUGAUUCUGUCAUUCUUAUUCAACCCUGUAAGGUCAAAGUCAAGAUUAUGAUGACAUCCCCACCAACCUUCGUCAAUGACAGAAGCCACAAUGUCAUCAAAGUACAUCAGGGGGCCACUGCUACCAUUCCCUGCCGGGCCACAGGAGAUCCUGCUCCAACUGUGACAUGGUUUUCCCCAUCACGACGUGUCAUCCCUCAGAGUCUGGGAUCUGGAUUUUACUCUGAGCGGGUUGUCGUGGUUUCAGGUGGAACGCUGGAGGUACGACAGGCUCAGAAGAUUGACACGGGAAACUAUACAUGCAGAGCAAGCAACUCGGCAGGGGACAAGAGCAUGGUUGUAAGCCUGGAGGUGGAGUCUCCUAACUAUGGACUGGGCAGCCAUGUUGGAGGAAGAGGUUGGAGUACCAGCAAUGGGCAAGGCAUUAGAUCAGGGGAUGAUAAAAGUGGGCCCAUAAACAAGCUUGGUGGUAAAAACAGCAACAAUAAUGCUUAUAGUGAUGCUAAUGGAAGGUUUGGGAAUAUUGUGCCAAACACUGGUGGCAGCUCAGUGCCCAGCAGCUUAAAUCCUGCUCAAACUGGGAGCAGUAGAGAUGCAUUUAACAGGCCUAACAGUGGAAUAACAACACAACUUGGUAGCAGUGUAAUCUCUAUCGGGGUGAGUGGUGCUAGCAAUGUAGGCUUUAAAGCAGAUAACACAGGAACAAACAGAAACGGACCAAGCAUCACGAGUAGGAUUAGUAGUGCAGGGAACAGUCACAACACAGUGAGAGGAAAUAUUGAGAGGAAUUCUGGGACUUAUAAUAAUGAAGUCAUAGCAGGAAAGAGUAGCAGUGAUGUUAGCAGCAUCUCAAGAAGUGUUGGAGUUUCCAGCAGCAGUGUUGGGAUCAGCAGUGGUAGCAAAAUUGGAGGGAUUAAUGCUCAUGCUAGCCCAGCUGCUGGUGGUACAGGUGCUAAAAACUCUACUAACACACCUACGGGUACAGUAACAACUGUGAAGCAGCGAGCAGUGAAAGGCCAAACAGUUAUUUUGUCAUGCCCCUCCCAAGGUUCCCCUCCUCCACGACUAGCCUGGCUUCUGCCUGGUAACGGUGUGUUGCCAUCUCCUUAUUAUGGCAGCCGACUCACCGUACACCGAAAUGGGUCUCUAGAGCUGCGAGGUGUGCGGGCAAGUGAUAGCGGCACUUUGGUUUGUGUGGUUAGAGGUGAGCGUGGAGAGACAAGGAUACAGGUUGAGCUUGAGGUCUCUGAGGCAUCUACAUACGGGGUACUGAAUGGGGAUAGAACCCUGCAGAGAAGUUCUAGUGUGAAUGAAGUGCCACACCAAAGAAUUCCAGUAACCCAAAAGCCGCCACAGAGGGGUCCUUCUUUGCCUGUUGUACCUCCUCCAGUUGUCCCUCCACCUGGCCGCACUGGGCCAGCCUCAGAGCCAGCAGUGGUCACCAAAACCGCUCCCUUGGUUAGCAUUAUUAAUGGAGAAACUCUUCGCCUGCCUUGCCCUACCUCUCAAAACAAUGGAUACUCUCAGGGUUCUCUCUCUUGGACCAUGCCCAGUGGCAAGGUACUUUUUCUGGGCGAGAGCAGUGACGCAGGCCAGUAUGUAGUCCAAAGAGAUGGAAUGCUAACAGUGCAGCAAGCAUCCGUGUUUGACCGAGGCACCUACACCUGCAGAUCCACCGGUUUCAACUCCCCCUCAGCUUCAGUCCUCACUGUUCCUGUCAUUGUCAUUGCUUACCCCCCUCGCAUCACAAAAGGCCCUGCCCCUGUGACCUACACAAGACCCGGUGUUGCUGUGGAGCUGCCAUGCCUGACCAUAGCAACCCCCAGGGCGGUAGUCACCUGGGAGACACCAGACCUGACACAGCUGACGGUUAUGGGUCAGGCCCGUAUCUAUGGCAACCGCUACCUUAGUCCACAGGGUUCCUUGGUGAUACAGAACCCAACAAGUAGGGAUACAGGAUUUUACAGAUGCACCGCAAAAAAUGUAAUCGGAGUGGACACCAAGGCAACCUACCUGCAUGUUAUAUAAAGAAGUCAAGAGACAAACACACACUCACACACAAACAAAGAAACAUGCAGAAAAAAAGAGACCCGACCAGACCUCUGUGUUGGCGAAUGAACUCCUCUGCUGUUAACACUUCAAGUCCAACAAGCCCAAAGGAACUGCAAGAAACUGUUAAAAUCUUUGAAAGACACUCCUAAAAUACAAGUAUACGCCUCAUUUUUGUAUUUUAACAUAUGUCAAUACUGUACUUUUUCACCUGAAUUUACAAUGUGGUGCAUUUUUGUCUUUGUUAUAUAAUACUUUGGCCUCAAUUUUUGUUUUAUUGACUUGGUGAUACACCAUUUACAUCUGAACACUGCUUUCUUUCUCACUGGGCCAUAACACAAGACAGUGAAGUCAAAUACACAAAUAUAUAAGUGUUGUAUAAAGGUAAAAAAACUAGAAAGUGAAUUUUAUGAGUUUCUUUCCCCCUGGUUGACAUUAAGGUUUGGAAAGAAACACAAUGCUAAGAAUGAAAUGAUCACAAUUAUGCCACUAAAACAUUGCUUUAGAGAAAAUUAGCCCUAAAGCUACUAGGCUUUUACCCUGGAGGAAGAAAAUGUUGUUUUUAUGGCAUCCUUACCCUUGUGAACAAUUUUAAAAGUACACCAAAUCCAGGGAACAAAACAUUCAUUUUGGUACUGUUAAACACACAAGUGCUUUACUUGGCUGGAUUCUUAUAUUUUCUUACUUUGUGCAAUCAUCUGUUAACAAUCACAGUUUUACUAAACUCACUCUGUGUUCACUUUUUUAUUUAUGUUGGAUUUUAUUUUUUUGCAGUGCAGAUGUAGCAAAUCUGAAUGAACAGCCUUGUUUGCAUCACGUACACGUUUAAUCUUUAACAGAUAUGAUGACUGACGGAUGCAGCUCCAUGAUCCAAACUAACACCAGCUUAUUCAAGACUUUCUCAGACUUGUUUACAUAUUUUCGGACUUACUUGUGCGAUCUAAACCUCUGCAAAUAUUGUUCUACCAGCAUCGUCUGUAUCUUGUAGCUUUACGGCACUAUUGGAGCAGAAUGAGAUAUGGUAAAGAAGCAUCCAUGUAAGCACAGUAACCUUUGAAGACUGCUCUUGUGGUUAUUUUGAUUUUAUCGACUGUAUAAAUGUGCGUGAAAUUCAAAAGCUUGUCCUAAGCUUGUGCGCAAAGCCAGCAGCUUAUAGCUACUAUGUUUCCUCCUCUUAUGUUUUUAUUUGUGCUUAAGUUAUUUGUCUUGUAAAGACUCUUUUGUAAGACACCGGUGUUUUGUCCUAAAGGGAGAUUUUAUUAAAUAUUAUGUACUGUGUUUGAUGUCUCACUCCUUAACAAGGAAUUCCUGCUAUAUUUCUCACACUUUUAUUUUGUGAAUAAAAAUGGAAAGACUCAGGAGUUUUUACUGAUGCACAGUUCUGUUUGGCAAACAUACAGUGUGUGUGCUUGUGCGUGUGUGUGGAGGCAGUGAGAAAGGAAAACACCCAGUGGGAGGGCAGGGGUGAGGAAGGACACUUUUUCUUUAGUAUAUUAUGAGAACAGAGACCGUUUAUCCCCACUUCAGCUGUCAAACCAGGAAAUGGGUUCUUAACUGUAGAUGAGACACAUGUUGAUGACAUCAUGGUCCUCUCCCUGGGAAAUGCAAUAAAACUAACAGCAGCCUGCAGAGCAACAGCAUGCACCACCCUGUGCUUACACCUGGCAAGUGUUUGCAGUGUUUGCUCUGAGUACACACAACACUCAUAAAAUACCAAUACUCUGAUUUACUCAUUCAGUCUAGGGGCUGUGCACUGGUUGGAGCACUUAUUAAACCACAAGCAUGAAAGGAAAUAAGGCAGCUGUUUAAAAUGAUGCAACCCAUGUGAAAGUGUCUGUCAUGUACAGUAAACUGUCAACCCAUCAGGAAUAGUCAACAUUGAUUAACUCUCUAUCAUUGUUUUUUAAAUGUAAUUCAUGCUGCUUAUGACCACUUCUUUCUAUUUUGCUUUGCAGUUAUAGGCAAAUAGAACCAAACUCAAAACUUUGAUAUUUAAUCCUGGAAAAAAGCAAUUUAGUGUUUUAUUCAACAUAUUAAUACCGCAUGGAAAAAAAAAUUGGUAAAAACUUUAUUUGACGCCUGUCUCUAUAAUGCAUUAUAAAUAUAUGUAUGUGUUAUACAUAUAUUUAUGUUAUGGCACUGUAUAACUAUUGAUAAAAACACUUAUAAAUGAUCAUAAUGCUUUAUAGCAAUAAUCAUAACACAUUAUAAAGCAUUUUAUCAUGACUUACAAGGUCAGGUAUGAUAAUGUGUUGUAACCGUUGACAACUUACUGACGAUGCCCACAUAGAUAAUACAGUAUACAUAUAUUUAUGAUGUGUUAUAAUCUGCUUAUAAACAUGUAUAACUAUCAUUAUAAACACUCAUUAAUUAUCAUAAGGCUUUAUAACAAUAAGCAUAACACAUUACAAUACCUGCCCUUGUAAUUCAUGAUAAAAUGCUUUAUAAUGUGUUAUGAUUAUUGCUAUAAAGAAUUAUGAUCACUUAUGAGUGUUUAUAACUAUAGCUAUACAGCACUAUAACGUUAUUAUAAUGUAUUAUACAUAUAUUUAUAAUGCAUUAUAGAGAUAGGAGUUAAAUAAAGUGUUACCAAAAAGUCUUAUUAAUCAAAAUGUCCCUUUAAAGAAACAAAGAGAUGAUACAAUACAAACAGCAAAAUUUGAAGCUAAAUUCUAAGUGGACAGUUUAAUAUAAGCUUACAGUGCUGUGCUGUAUAAUGAAGACACAGCAGAUCACUGACCUCAUAGAGUGUCAGUGUUAACACUUGGUUCUGCACAAUGCACAAGUUGACUGAUGGUUCAAACAUACACUAUGUGACACCACAGCCCCUCUCCUCUGGAUUUAUCUACCAGUGGAGAUGCAGUGUGCAGACACCAUCUCCACCUUUAAAAGUAGCCUCAAAAUGUUCCUCUUUGAUAAAACUCAUAGUUAGAGCUGGUUUAAGCUUGGGUCAGCUCUUUGUAAUGUUGCUAAAAGUUUAGGCUGAUGGGGGACCUGAGCACCUUUCCCUCCUUCUCCAACCUCUUUCUGUCUAUAUCAUUAACUUUAAAUCAUCAUGUCCCAUUAGAGUCACAAACACAGUCUUUUCUGGGAGUCCCUGAGCUCCAUUCCCCUGGAUCACUUCUGCAGACGUUUUGCUGACAUUUACCUGUCUGCUUUCCAGCUGUUUAAACUACAAGCAUCAAUCUCCUCUCUGUCCUUCUCUCUCUUUCUCCAUCUCCCUCUCUCCCCUCUUUAAACCCACCUUAGUAUCAGCGGAUGACUAUCUAUAAGUCUGGUCUUGUUCAAGGUUUCUGCCUGUUUUUCCUCUCCAUUGUAACUUGCUUAAGUGUUUUACUCAUGUGGAUGAGGAUAGGAUGGGAGAGGGUCUGAUAUUGCAAGAUGGGGCUCAAUCUAAUCCAAUCUGGUCAAGAGCAGCUUUUUCUUAAAGCAUUCUUAGACGAUAUUUGUUGUGAAAUCCCGCCCUCUCUCUCUCUACCAGUUCACAUGUACAGCUUUAUCGGACUAAGCUCAUAAUUCGUUUCACCAAAUCGGACUUCUCUCCUUGUCCGCUGCGAAAAUCAAAUAAUUGACCUGAACGUGUCCUCUUCCCCAAAACUAGGGGGUGAUAUCACAAUACAACUGUCAACAACAACAGCAGGUCCGCGCCAGAUGUCAGAAGUGGCUACAACCGCCGCUGGGCAUUUUCAAGCAAGAAGACAGGGCAUUGUACCGUGUUGUUUUUGUCGUACAUGAUGUGCAUGCUACUUUUUCUGCAGAUGAGAUGCACGCUACUCCUCUUCUCUGGUGUUUCAUGCCCACAUGCAUUGUCCAAUCAUACUCCGACUCUGCUGGUUACAUGGUAGAGAAAAUCGAAUUCCAUUCACAUUAUCUGGGUGUCUUUAUCGGAGUUCUCAGGCUCCAGUCAGAGUUCUCAAACUUCGAUUAUAGUCGGACUAAGGGGUUUACAUGCGCUUCAAUUGUCUGGUCUUAAUCGGAAUAAGGCAAUAAUUCGGUUUUCUCAAGUGUCAUGUAAACGUACUGACUGACAUCUCCUCUGGAAAUCUUUUCUUUAUAGAUCUUGACCUGUACAUGCUGAGGUAUCUUUCUAUCUUUUAACAUCCAAACAUCCCAUUUUUUUGUGGAUAUUUGCAGAGAAAAAAGCAUAAAGGAAAAACUGACUCUUCAGCUUGUUGAUAUUCGUCUUAUGUGUCAUUUGUUCCCAUUUCAGCUGCAUUUACAAGCAUCAGAAAUUACAAAAUUAACCAUUAAACUGCUGUUUGCUUUCGGGGGGCCAUGGGCCUCCAAAAGCAUCUCUCGUAAUUCUAGCGUGUUGCCAAAGGACUUCCUAAUCAAAUCACUUACAACAGAUGUUAUUUGUUGGGACUGUGAGAUGAUGUUGGAUCAUGGGAACUUUGAUUUUCAACCACCACACUUGCUAACAUAAAAACAAUUUCCAAUGACACACAAAUGCUCUAUUUGUGUUACUGACAGCUGUAUCUUUUUACAUUAUAUUGCCUUAUUUGACCAAACCUCCUUAAAGUUAAAAUCCCCCUAGUUCUAGCACAUCAUUCGGGGUUUCCCAUGGUUACCCUGAAAAUGGGACCAAAUAAUAUAAAACACAAAAAACGUAAUUAAAAAGUUAAUGGUGGGAACAGUUUGGAUAAUGUGCGACGAUCAACCAAAUACAAAACAUGUUAAAUACCUUAUCUUUGAUAACAGAUACUGUAUAGAGGAUAAGUUACAUCUGAAGGCAUACUUUAAGUCUUAAUCUGUGAAUAUUGGGGUCAAACUUCAUGAAGAAUGAGAGUUGCUGGGUUCCUGACAUGCAUAAACAAACAAACAAAAGUUCUGCAUCGUGGCUCAAUUUGUGGAUUCACUUAUCAAAGACAGAGCUCAUUAAAAUCACUGCCUGUCCCACCCAUUAAUUUAGAGUUUGAUUCAGUUGGAGUAUCUGGUGGGAAAUCCAGCACAGAGGAACAACAUUGGAGAUCUGUUGAGCAGAGUCCUCACAGUGCGAUGAGCACAGUUGUUUUCUGUUUUGAAUUAUCUCUUUUAUGGUGUUGGAGCUUUUCCAUCCAUUGUGGGACACUGAUUUUAUGGUUCCAUGCUUGUAAUCCAUUUCAGCAAAAAGAUGAUUGUUUGUUAUCCUUUUGUGCUGCAGAAAACUUACAAGCAUAAAGCUAGCAAAUAAAGAGUAUCAGGAGUUUUUUUUUUUUUUUUUCCAAGCUUUGGAAUGAUUUCACUUUCACUGCAGAGAGCGGAAAGAGGGGAAUAGAGAAUGGGAAAAAUGACUGAAUGGUUUUGAGGGGUUGCAUAUGAAACAUUAACCAGAUUAACUUAGUAAUGAAAACUCCAUGCAAAAACAGUCUGUACUUAAGCAAAUUGCUCUUAAUCAACACCAGCGUUUAGGUUGAAGGAUCCUGCAAGAAUUCAGGUGCCUUAUUACUAUCAAUAUUACUGCAACAUGUAUUUGUACAUUUUAAAUAUUCUAUGUUGCUGUGAUAACUAUAAUGUUAGCCUGUUUGUUGGAAAUCUCAAAUGUUUUACGUCAUAAUCCUAAAAUAACUUUGCUUGUUAUCCUGUGUCAACCAGUUAUCAUCAGAUCUGUAUAUAUUUUUCUUGUCAUGUCAGGAUAACAAACUUGUUUUCCCAUCAUGACAGAUACAUUUUGUCCAAUUAUGUGAAGGAUAAAUGAUAGUGAAACGUAAUUAUGCAAAUUACAAUCCUACCAGAGUAAAUAAAGCACUGACAAGAAGCACGGGGCACACUGACAUGCUCAUUUUCUGGCUACCAACCACAGAAAUGGACAAUGUGGUUUAAUUUAAUCUAACUUGAUUUAAGGAUGAUUUUAUUACUUUGAAUAUGAUUUAUUUUAACAAUCAAAAAAAGCCAUAAGCUUCAUUGUUUUACAAUUACACAUAACACUGAGCCUUUCAGAUCAUAGUUAAGUUCAAACAUCAGUCUGCUUCUUCUCAGUCAGAGAUGGUUGACGUUUAGGACUCGGGAGCUCUUACAUCUGUGCCUGGUAACCAUCAUUAUUUCCUGACUCUCAAGACCAGCCAGAAACAGA